AGUGCGCAUGGAGGGGGAAAGCCACAAGUCAGCACCAGCCAAAAGCACAAUGAUCAAGGAAAGUUUCAAGAGUACGAACGUGUUCAAUUAUGGCGAAAACUGAUGCCUCUGGCCUGCUAG